CGUUAAGCUUGUGCGGCACCAUCAUCUUCAGAGGAAAAAUUGUCGAAAACAUUAUUCCCUUAAAUUGGAGAAUUUUGUUUUAAAAUUGCUCUAAAAUGACUCUUUAUCAUUUCGGCAACUGUAUAGCACUAGUUUAUGUGCCAUAUUAUAUGACCUAUAAGUACUCAGGCUUAUCGGAAUAUGGAGCCUUUUGGAAGUGCAUUCAAGCCGGUGGAAUCUACAUUUUCACACAACUGUGUAAGAUGUUGGUAUUAGCCACAUUCUUUCCAGACACGGAUAGUUUCACAGGAGAAGGGCAGUUCAAUGUGAUUGCGGAAUUUCUCCGAUGCAGUGUUGACUUGGUAGAUCUACUAGGAUUGGCGUUUGUGCUUUCGAAAAUCCCUGGAAAAGGACACAGCAAAUUGAUUACCGCUGGACUUGGCUGGGCCACUGCUGAGGUGAUUCUAUCACGUGGCUUGAUGCUGUGGGUCGGAGCCCGUGGAGCGGAAUUCUCGUGGAUUUACAUUCAGCGCUGCCUGGAAUCGAAUAUUCUUUUGGUGCAACACCUAACCACUGCCACAUUGCUGUGGCUGUUCUCUCGUCACGAUCUCGACAAGAAGUUUGUUCCAUUGGUUAUUGUGCUGCUUGUUACCAUUUCGUUCCGUGGGGUUUGGCUUGAAGGAACCCUUCAAGCUCUGUCCACUGGACCCUGGUUCGGACUUGCUCUGAAGGCUCUCGUCACUGCCUGCAUCGGGUUCGUUACAUUGCAUGUAUAUUCUGGGUUGGCGCAGUCCAUCGGUUUGUAAGAAGGUAUGGUUAAUGAGAGAGGUUUUUACAUUCGUUCACGUAAUUUAUUUUCACUCAAUUUCAUUGUGAACCAGUUUUGACCAAAUCUAUUCAAUAAACC